AGGUAUCGAUCCGCCGCGAUUACAAGCCUAAGUUAUAAUCCGAGAAACCCUAGUUACACAAUGCUAUAUCAACCUCUUCUUCGUUCCCAAACCCUAGUUUAGUGACACCUCUUCGUCUAUCGAUAGUCUGCUCGCACCAGAAAGGAACCCCCAAGAUCGACGAAAAUGCCGUUCAAGAGGUACGUGGAGAUUGGGAGGGUUGCUCUUGUCAAUUACGGCAAGGAUUACGGCAAGCUCGUUGUCAUUGUUGACGUCAUUGAUCAAAAUAGGGCUCUUGUGGAUGCCCCUGACAUGGUCCGGACCCAAAUGAAUUUUAAGAGGCUUACACUCACUGAUAUCACAAUUGACAUCAAAAGGGUUCCAAAGAAGAAAACUCUAAUUGCUGCAAUGGAAGCUGCUGAUGUCAAGAACAAAUGGGAGAACAGUUCUUGGGGCAGGAAGCUUAUUGUGCAGAAAAGAAGGGCUUCUCUCAAUGAUUUUGAUAGGUUUAAGAUUAUGCUGGCAAAAAUCAAGAGAGCGGGAGUUGUCAGGCAGGAGCUUGCAAAGCUUAAGAAGCAGACUGCAGCCUAAUUGAAUCCCCCGCCCCAUCCAGAAAUUUCCUUGGCAUUUAGCAAAAUUUUUGGUACCUGGAUUUCAGUUUUAUCUUCAUUGGUGUAUGGAUUACUUAACUGCAAGAGAGAUGACCAAUUAUUAACAUUAUCAACGUCACGUUACCCAAUUAUUCUCGUUUGCAACCUUUUUCUAAGGGGUGAUUCUUCAUCAGGCAACCUGUGUUUUCAACACUCAUGUUGAUGUGGUUCUACCAUCAGAUUAUACUGGAUAUUGUUUAUAUUUAUACGUAAUACUGAUUUCAUUA